ACACUGCCCACCAAAUGUAAUUUAUUCUUGCACCUCACAAAUUUGCAAACGCUUAAAAAUCUUUGCGCUUGCAUUUUCCUGAAAAUUUUCGCAAGUAAAUCAAAGUUUUACUUUGGAGCUAGCUUAAUCGUGUAGACGGCCCAGAGUCCGCGAUUAAAACUAGAAAGGAGGCACUCAAGCUGUACGCAGUAGAAAAACAACGCCCAAAAAAAUAGCGAUAAAAAUACGACUACGUGUGUGGUAUCAAUUUUCUAUUUAGCUGCGUUUAUUAAUUAAAUUUACCAUGGCUGAAAAGUACACUUUUGGCAACACGCCAGCAGCUAUAACAUGCCACGCCUGGAAUAAAGAUCGCUCUCAAAUCGCUUUGUCUCCGAACAACCAUGAGAUUCAUAUCUACAGCCGCGAGGGCCACGGCUGGAAGCUUGCCGAUGUGCUUAACCAGCACGAUUUACGUGUGAUGGGUAUCGAUUGGGCAAAAGAAACGAAUCGCAUCGUUAGCUGUGCAGCAGAUCGAAAUGCUUAUGUUUGGACGCAAGCGGAAGACGGAAAAUGGAAGCCAACUUUAGUGCUGUUACGGAUUAAUCGUGCUGCUACUUGUGUGAAAUGGUCGCCAGCAGAAAAUAAAUUUGCCGUGGGAUCUGGAGCGCGUCUCAUUUCGGUCUGUUACUUUGAAUCGGAGAACGAUUGGUGGGUGUCGAAGCAUAUUAAGAAGCCGAUUAGGUCGACGGUUACCUCCUUGGACUGGCAUCCGAAUAAUGUGCUACUGGUGGCUGGCUCCACAGACUACAAGGUACGCGUCUUUUCCGCAUUCAUCAAGGACAUCGAAGAACCGCCGACACCAACGCCCUGGGGCAAUCGCAAGCCCUUGGGUCAACUCAUGGCAGAGUUCAAGAACUCCUCUACCUCUGGGGGAGGCUGGAUCAAUAGUGUAAGCUUCUCCAUUGAUGGUAACAAAGUGUGCUGGGUGGGUCAUGAUAGCUGUGUGAGCAUUGUGGAUGCCACCAAUGGGAAUACGGUAAUUCGCUGUCGCACCGGUUACUUGCCUUUCCUGUCCUGCGAAUGGGUCUCACCCACAUCUGUCGUAGUGGCCGGCUACAGCUGUGUGCCGCUGCUCUACAGCUUGACUUCGGAUAACAAGCUUGUGCUAAGCGGCAAGCUAGACAAAUCACAAAAGCGUGAAGCGGGCGGCAUCACGGCCAUGCACUUCUUCAAGUCUAUGGAUUGUAACAUGCGCACUGAAAAUACGGAUGUAGUCGUGGACUCCAUUCACCAGAACGCCAUUACCAGCAUACGUUUGUAUUCGGGUGACAAGGCAAGUGCGAGCAAGGUGUCCACGUCUGGAGUCGAUGGCCAGUUGGUAAUCUGGACGGUGGAACAGGAUGGCAUCAAUGGAAGCAUGCGUAACAUGCAGAUCUGAGUGCAUCCCUAAAAUCUGUGUUGGACCCUUGUUUUCCACAUCUAUAUGUUUUUCUUUAUGUACGUUUCCAUUUCAACUGCAGUAAUUUUUUAUUUUUGUUAAGAACAAAAUGUUAAAUGCAGUUCGGAUACGCAGUAUUUUUGCCAAAAUGUUAACAACAAAAAUUGCUUUUCCAAUUGUUUAAUGUAUACAAGCUUUUUAUAUAUAUAUAAAUAUCUUAAUUUUUAACAAUUAGAGUAUGUUCUUUAAUUCUUUCAACUUAUAUAACAAAUCCUGUAAAUGUA